AUGUCUUAUUGGUAUGGCAAGGUCGCCAAAAUAUAUUUGAAGGAACAAGGGGACACCCAUUGGUAUUACAGACGGAUGGACUUGGAGGAUAAUGGAGUAGACCUGGCUCAAUACAUGGGCGAGUAUGAGCUUGUGCUCAGCGACCACAUAUCUUUAGUGGAUAUGACAUGCGUCGAAGACCAUGCUUUGAUCGUCAGCUAUGAUGAAGGCAACAUUUCACAACGUCAACUACCACCCGAGACCCCAUACCAUCGUUGGAAUGUGGAAAUAAAAUUUGUGAAGAGCAGGACGAAAGUGCGCCUUCAUGAUCGACGUCCUACGCCAGUGUUGCCGGCUAUAUACAACGAUAUUCAGUUGGAGGCAGAGUUCCUCACCAUGUUUACCAUGCCAAUUUGCCGUGGUGGUCCAUUUGGGGUGGUCGGCAAUGGAUCUAUUUAUUCUCGAGCGAAGUUGCUCUUGAGAGAGGCGAGGACGCAUGGUAGCAUGCCAGAGGCAUGGAGAGAUAUCCUGGGGACAAUCGAAGAUGUGGAUGGGGAGUGUUCAUUCAAAGUCUCUGGAAUGGCCUCACAGAGCUGCCCGAUCGCUGCACACUAUCGGGUGCCCCUUCGAGCCAUCAACAAGAAAUUUGGACUCUACAGGCAUAUUGUGACCCACCUGACCGACUCUCGAAACCCUCUGGCUAUACAACUACGAGAUACAUACCUUUCUGUCAUGGACUAUAUGCACGAUGUGCGCAUCGCAUUUUUCACGGAUGCUCGAGGAUCUGCAAAUCCUCUCGAAGCUGGAUUUAGGUCUCCAGCAAUGGAUUACUAUCUAUGGUUGGACCAUAAGGUCGGCGCCUUCCAUGAUAGGAGUCGUGAGAUCCUGGAAAAGGAUCAUAAUGUAACCUUCAAGUCCCUACAGAAUAGGGAGGGCAAUGAUAUCAUAACGUUACGUAUGUGGUCCACCAUGAAUCACCUCGAUCUGUCUCUGAUCUGCGAUGAAGUUGAUUGGAAUGCCUAUCACACGACUAACUGUAAUGAAUACGAUCUGUGCGGUGUAUUUCAGGGCUGUGUUUCCGAAGAGGAUCUUCAACGACUUCUACAUGCAGUCGAUUCCUCUAUGGAUGGAAGUGACGUGCCCAAGGAAUCACAAAGCCCGACACCUGUUCAUUCGACGGACAAAAAUAAUCAGACCAUAUCUUUGAAAGAUACCACGCCGGUCGAUAGUGAGAAGCUGUUGGAUGCAGUUGAUUUAUAUGCAACUCUUGCUCCAAAUGAAUCUGCCAGAACUACCGUGGCUCGUUCCACAGACACAGUCACCACUGUCAAUCAGACAACUGAAAUACCAGAUGUCGUGUCACUGGGUGUACAAGCGGGAAGGACCACUCCUGGAGAUGCGGUUGAAGAUGAUGCCUGCGUCGAAAGUACUGGCGAAAGUCCAAAUUCUGCAUGUUUACCAAAGUCGGUCUUGAGACCUUUCCCACUUCCAUUCGACUGGAAUUACUGCAAGCGUGCCCUUCGGACCAUGGGUAUCAAGGCCACUCGUGUUGAUCUUUCACGGUGGUUCAUCGCACAUAUUGUAGUCCGAUUACGAGAACUGCAUGGACUGGAUGAGGACACCCCUCUUGACGACGCCUUUCAAAACGGGUCUGUUAGUGAAGCCACCUAUCAGGAGUACUGCGAAUUAUAUGGCAUAUCAAAUUUCCUGAGCGCGACACAGACCAUUCCACAGGAGCGACAGAGUAUCGCACAAUUCUUUAUUUCUGCUGCUCGUGGUCUGAGCCUGUCAAACAUGCGUGUUGAUUGUGCUGUCCAAUGUGAUGCAGAGUCGUGUGGGGCACCUGUGGACAGUGACAAAACAUUUAACGAUGAUGGAGUGCAACUGGAACUUUGUACGCACCACGAAGCCAGUGAACCACAUGGAGCGGACGAAGAAUAUUAUACCAAAAAUUUUGCACUUCCUGAUUACAUUUCAGAUGUGCUACCAUCAGGCAUCGACGCAGAAUGUUCUACAGGUCGAUCACACAUCCCAUCACACUGUACAGAGCAAUCGAUCACACUGGACUGUGAUAAUCCUUGCUUGUCUGCUUCCGACUGGACCCAAGCGGCUGUCGAUAUAUCCAAUCACCAAUAUGAUGUUCCCGCUUUACAUACCACCUCUUCCAGUGACCUACUUGCAGACAAACCUAGUGAUAGUGACAACGAUACCGUCCCUCUGACUAGAUUGAGAUCAAAGAAUCUCAAGAAAGACAAGCCCUCUAUGACAGUCACCGACACAAGGCGUCGUGGAAAAUCGCAGUCACAGCACGAUAUCGACCCUCAGCCGAGCCUUGUAAGACCUGUGGUAUUUGCUGCCUCGCGGUCACAGGGGAAAAAGAAGGCGAGGAUCGCAUCACCACCAGUGGCCAAAUAUACCAUACAGGACCUGAUUGAUGCGUGUCAGAUCGAUUCCACAAGUAUUCCGCCAUCGAUUCACGCAUUUCUCCUUGAUCCCAAGAGAGAAGAGUUCAUCCAAAGGGAGAUCACAUCACAAUAUGAUUCAUUAUUGUGUCUUGCGCGAUUUGUAGCUUCCGCCCUGAUGAAAAACUCCUUGUCUGAAGCUGUUAUCACUGCAGCGACAUCGUUCAUGAAAAUUGAAUGGUGGCUUGAAGAUGUCGCCGUCGAGUGCAAGGAUGCAUCGGAGAAGAAUGACAUGUCACUCUCCCCAUUUGCACACAAUGUCUUGGUCGAGCUUUCCAAUCGUGCCUCACAGGAUGAAUCAUCUCUGAGAACUGCGUUGGAGAAUUACAUCUCGGUUAAUCUACGGGUGUCACAGUCGGGAGCAGACAAACAGUAUGAAGGUGGAUUUAGGAUAUUAGCCACGAUCAACAAGGCACGUCAGGGGAACAUACUGGCGUGA